GGAUUAUUCAAAAGUCCAAUUCCUGGACAUAGUAUUUUGGCAGCAAAUUCAUCGGAAUAUUCUUGCGAAUUUGGAAGCCUCAAGUAUUAUUUGCUUUGCGCCUUAGGAGGAGUAGUAUCUUGUGGUUCAACCCAUACCUUUGUGACGCCACUGGAUUUGAUAAAAUGCAGAAUGCAAGUCGAUGCGAAAAGAUACAAAAAUAUACAAGACGGAUUUAAAGUAACUUAUAAAGAAGGCGGAAUGGUUGGUCUGUACAAAGGUUGGGGCCCUACACUUAUUGGAUAUUCCUUACAGGGUGCUGGCAAAUUCGGUUUGUACGAAGUCUUCAAAGUAAAAUAUCGGGAGCUCAUGGGAGACGACUUUUACCACAGAUUCACCAGUUUAAUUUAUUUGGCUGCAUCAGCAAGCGCCGAAUUUUUUGCUGAUAUCUUACUAUGUCCAUUGGAAUCCGUAAAGGUUCGUGUCCAGACAAUAGACGGUUACGCAAACGGCGUAAUGGACGGAAUCCCCAAAAUGAUCAAUGAAGAGGGCUUCGGCACAUUGUACAAGAGUAUCGUGCCCCUAUGGUUCCGACAAAUCCCUUACACGAUGAUGAAGUUUGCCAGUUUUGAAAAAACCGUCGUACUACUCUACAAGUAUGUCGUCCCCAAACCGAGGGAGCAGUGCACAAAAGGGCAGCAGCUGAUUGUGACUUUUGCAGCAGGCUAUAUCGCAGGAGUGUUCUGCGCCGUUGUUUCGCAUCCAGCUGAUACUCUGGUGUCGCAAAUGAGCAAACAGAAGGGAGUGAGUGCCAAAGAGAUUGCUCAAAAAUUAGGCUUCUACGGUUUGUGGAAAGGACUCGGCCUGAGGAUCGCCAUGAUAGGUACCUUGACGGCCUUACAAUGGUUCAUAUAUGACGGAUUCAAGGUUUAUAUGCGCAUGCCAAGACCUCCACCUGCUUAA